AUGCAGACUACCGAUCUUGGUUCGCGCCAUCCGACGCCCGUCUCAGUCUCUGCCCUUCACGACGUCAUUCAACCAUCCACUCGACUUGUACCAAGCAUUCACCCGGCUCCUAUUGGCGUCAAUGAUUCCCAGUUCUUCCCCGAUCUAAGUACGAAUCGUGUUACCCAACAUAUUCAGACCGUACUUUCCGAACGAAAGAAUGUAAACCCACCAUCCAGCGAUUCGGACCUUACAGAAACCGUGUUCGUAAAUGCCCACCAGCCCUCUCUUUCUUCUACUGGAACUUCUAAUGACCACGAAACGCGCAAAAACGCGUCUCGUUUUGCAAACUCCCAAAGAUUGGCUCCGCGCUUUCCAACCUCCAUGCGACAAUUUUCUGGCCAAAAUUUUGCGCCUCGUCACCUAGGAGAUAGCAACAACACCAUGGGCCGAGUUCCUGGACGAACUGUGUCGCUUCCAUCCUCCCUCAACAGCUCUGUCCCCAACGACGCACGGCAAAACGGAUCGUCAUAUCGUUCGAACCAUCGCGUCAUUUCUCUGCCUGAGGUCUCAAUGAUCCCUACUCAGUUCUCCACACCCAUGAGGGCUGUUGACUGUAGGACCAGGAUGGAAAAUGAACUACCUCUCAUUGAUCUUUCGUCUCCGUUGCAAAAUCCUCCUAAUUCUGUCAGUCUGAGUCCUACUGGGACUGUUCUCAUCCACUCGUCUUUCGGGUCCUCGGGGAACCAAACGAUCUCCUCGUUUGAUUCUAGUGACUCAGAGGAAUCCAUCUGCAUGGGCCCUGGAAGCCCGAUCGUUGGCCGUUCUUCUGCCGUUCUUCGAAACGUCCCCUGCCUUGAUACCGUUGAAAUCAAUAACGACGUACCUUCAUCUACAAAAGCUCGGACUGUGAAGCCCGUCUCAGCUCAAGUGGAGCUCCAAGAUGGAUGGAUUUCUAUGUCCCCUCAGCCAAUUCCUGCCCUACAUGGCCCCCCUUCCCUUCCUCGCUCCAGUGGUGCGGAAGGCGUACUUAUCUCAGAACAGUCUUCUCUUCCUCGUAUGAUAUGGGGUCUUGAUGAACAAGCCCCCAAUAGUGCACCUUUGCACGCUCGUCUUCCUCACACUCCUGGUUUCCCCCCGAGCUCCAACUUUCAGCCCGGUCAGCCUCGUGAAGGACAAGCUUCUGACUCCGCGACCUCAGCCUUCCCUACUCCCUCAUCCACUGUGGUUGCUACUCCAUCUUCGAUCAUAGACAUGCCUUCUGAGACUUCCGAUAUGCAUUCUCCACUUAUCAAGCCCGCUGUCCACAUGUUUGUGCCACAUGCUGGUGGUAAACCAGCUUCUCGCGCCACUUCUGAAAGGCAUUCGCGGAAGUCAUCUGAAUCUGGACAAGUUAAAGUACUUGGCUCUCCUCUGCAACUGGCGACACCUGGGGACUACACUGAACAUCGUUACAUUGACUCAUCCGAAUGGGAAGAAUUCAUUCCUUACUCCGCUACAGAGACCUCGAUUCCGAACCCUCAGACAGUACCAUCGAGCGAAAAUGUGUCUACAUCUCGGGCUUCCAUCAAUACGCAUGUGUCUCAUUCUCCUCUUGCCUCGACCUUGGCGCCGAUCCAAAACAGUUCUCAUAAUCUUGACCUCCCAGCGGUUACAGAGAUGAUUUCUAAUCCUGCUAACGUAGCAGCUGCUACUCCAGAAAUGUGGUCACUCGCACUUCGAAAAUUUUGGGCGGAGACAUUCGUGCACCUUGAGGCACAGCAGCGCGCUCUCCUUACCCAAGCAGCGCUUGUCCAAAGUGGAAUCUUGACCCCAAGCUUCACUAUUCCUCCAGGGACGUCUCUGUCUGCCAUUACUCCUCUUCUACCUCAGCCUGUUGCAUCAGGAAAGCAUGAACCAUAUACCGGAGCGCUCGAUAACCCUCGCUCUGUGCCCAUGCAGCGGCUGCGCCGUAAGCUAACGACAGUCAAAGAAGAGAAAGAAAAUGAGAAUGAUGCAGUUCGAAAUGAUCUUCAACCGGCCAAGCCUUCUGCUCGUGAAGCUGACGGGUCAAACUUGCAACAGGUGACCCCGGAUCCAUUGCCGGAAAAAGGACAACCUGUCAAAACCACUCUUAAAGCUGAAUCUGCACCAGUUGAAGAUGCCGAAACAUCUUCAAGAAGUGCUGGAGGGACAUCAUCGAGGCAGCCCGUGAAGAGACGUAGUGGUAGUGGUCGUUCCGCUGGUCCACCCCCCUCUGCUGGGCCACGUAUCUCCAGUCGAGUCAGCUCUUCCCGAUCUUCAAAGGGUCCCUCUCUGGUCCAACGCGUCAAGGAGUCAGCCCGCUCCAGCGGCGCGGUCCCGGUAGCACGUAAACCUGGUGAUUCUACCGCCCGCGAUGGAGCAAAGCGUAAAAUCCGAUUCGGGCCUCCUGUGUCCACUUCCUAA